AUGGAGCAACUCGCCCAGUUUGUCUCGAAAAGUUUUCAAGAGAACGCGACCGCUCCGUUACCCGUCGUCGUAGUUGACGAGGAUACGACCACUCAACUUGGAUUCCUCAGGAAUAACACAGAACGCGCACCCUCGACGCGAAUCACCCUCAGUGUCGCGCAUCUUCUUGGUGAUGACAAUGGAAAUGAAUCCCAUGGGAAGUCAACUAAUCGGGAAACCAGUCAGGAGGGUAACCAAUCCAGUGUUGAAGUUGGUAACAUCGAGGAGCCGCCGCCAUCGCCGGAAGCUCGGUUGCAACCGGAAGACCUUUCUGUUGCGACGACAAAGAUCAAGGACGUGGUUAAGGAGGUCAAGGCCAGCACGGAGAACGUGUCACCUCUCAAAACACCGGAGUUGAAGUUGUCCGUAAGAAAACUUUUGGGUUGCAGUCCUUCACCUCCACCAAUUACGAGAGAUCGAUCAGCUAGUCCAGAAAAUUGCACGGAAUCUAAAAGCCGUGUCACGAGUAUCGCUGACAUUAAAACAACCAUAAACGAUUCUAAAUUAACCACGCAAGUUGUUAGAUCGUUGGUCCAUAAUAAUCAAGAUGAAGCUACAAAAGGAUCAAAUUGCCGUGGAAAUGGUAACGGAAAUGGGAAACAGAGAAGAUCACGAACAAAUUUCACAUUGGAACAACUUGCCGAAUUGGAGAGGCUCUUCGAUGAAACUCAUUAUCCGGAUGCAUUUAUGAGAGAAGAAUUAAGUCAGAGACUUGGGUUAAGCGAGGCACGUGUACAAGUUUGGUUCCAGAAUCGUCGUGCUAAAUGCCGCAAACAUGAAAGUCAAUUGCACAAAGGUGUUGCAGGUGGUAUGGUGCUGGCACCUCGAAGUCCACCAACAACAUUGGAACCAUGCAGAGUGGCACCGUAUUUGCCAGCUCUGAGACUUCAUCCACCGAUGCAAGGUGGUGGAAGUAACGUGAGUGCUGCUGCUGCAGCAGCAGCAGCAAGYUCGGCAUUUGAUCCAGCCGUUCUCCAUUAUGCCGCGGCAGGUGGUCUUUUUUGUUUACCACCUCCACCACCACCACCACCGACAUCUUCUAAUCAUCCGCAUCCCUUAAGCCUAGCUGCUUCUUUAGCCGCAGCAGCAGCACGUUCCAAGAACAGCAGCAUCGCUGAUCUAAGGCUCAAAGCUAGACGACAUCAAGAAGCCCUUGGACUCGACAGGCCAGCGUAAAUGAUCUAAUCGAUGUGAUUAGAUUAUGAUUACGUUGAACGAUCGAUUAUGAUUAAUUCGAUACUUUUAACACGUGCAGCUGAGAACGGAUGUGUGUAUGACAUUGUUGAAUUAACAUAACACGCGCACUUGUUCGUAAUAAGUAUCGUGAAUGUUAACUUGAA